AUGGAUUACGGACCUAAUUCUAUUGCAUUUCCCAGUGAUCUCUCACAGCUGACCAUUACGGAACAACUCGGAGGAAGCUCUCACCCACAAAAAGUGAAAGAUCUAACCACCAAUCAAGAAUAUGUCAUGAAGAAAGGUUUCAACAAGAGACACGUUGUGAAUGAGUAUCGAGUGAAUUUGUGUUAUUACAAGAUGGGUUGCCUUGUUCCGCAAGUAAAACUCUACGUGAAAGGAAAGAUGGUUUCAUCCCUUGAAGGAAUUGAAUCAUUGGCCGAUGAUGAUCACAACGAUAUUGUUGUCUUGUCAGAAUUCAUCAACAACGGCAUCACGUGGGCAAACUUUCAAAAACAACGUUCCGAACAAGAAUGUGAUCAAGUAAGAAGAGAAAUGGGUCACUUUUUUGUGUUAGAUUGUCUCUUUGCAAAUCGCGAUGUCAUUGGUGUGGACGAUUCCAACAUAUUAAUUGUCGAGCAACAACAACAAGCGCUUUCACCACGAACAUUUUCAGUCUAUCGGAUUGAUAAUGGAGGAGCAUUGAGUUUCAGGGCACAAGGAAAACCAAAAGAUCCAGGCGAAUGGGGAGAUUUUGUAUCGGAGAUCAAUUUAAUGUUGGACGAUAGUUUCAAUGUCAAUACUGCCAAUGUAUUUGGGAAAGGAGGAGCUGUCGAUUCCAACAAAAUGUUUCAGCAGAUCAUGACCAUUUCAGAUCAUGCACAGAGAUGUAUAUAUCCAUAUCUUUCUUCUCAAGAUGUUCAAAUUGUUAAGGAACGAUUGAAUUAUUUACGAAGUAUCGUUGGUUUGUAUGACUUUACUGCAACGACCUCCAACAGUACCACUACAACGAGCACAACAUUUGAGGUGACAGAAGCUGAUCCACAACUCGUUCAAACGUUAAUGGAAAUGGGUUUCUCGAAAGAACAAAGUUCAGCUGCUUUAAUUGCCUCCAACAACAAUGUAGAAGCUGCUCUCUCAUUCCUAUUCUAG